AUGACAGAGUAAUUUCAAUGUCGUUAUUCCCCGGAAAAUACUAUUAGACGCGUACUUUAAGAUAGUACAAGUUAGUGAAAGUGUAAAUCUUUAUUGUUUUGUGUUUCUGUCAUCUUAAGAUAUGGCUGAAAAGACGACAACUGAAGAUGAGGAGUACGAUUCCGACGCAACAUAUUGCUCGGCGAUCGAAGGGCCAAGGGAGAUAGGGCCACCACUGUUUUCGUCAACACCAACUCACGACACCCAGUUCAGCUUGCUGUUUGAUGCUGACACGUGCCAGGCAGACGAAAGCGACUUCGAAAACACCCCCGAGCUUUUCCCGUCCUCACCUGACAAGUCGGACUUGGAAAACACCCCCGAGCUUUUCCCGUCUUCACCUGACAAGUCGGACUUGGAAAACACCCCCGAGCUUUUCCCGUCCUCACCUGACAAGUCGGACUUCGUAAACACCCCCGAGCUUUUCCCGUCCUCACCUGACAAGUCGGACUUGGAAAACACCCCCGAGCUUUUCCCGUCCUCACCCGACAAGUCGGACUUGGAAAACACCCCCGAGCUUUUCCCGUCUUCACCUGACAAAAACACCCCCGAGAUCCCGUCUUCAGACGGGAAGAAAUCCGACGACACGCGCGAUAACACCAUCGAUCUGUUCCCAAGUACACCCACAACGUCGACGAACAACGACAAAGCGGACGACAGCGAAGAUGACGGUCCUCUGGACUUGAGAACGGUUAUACCAGAAACGCAGUUGGAUUGAAAACGCUUGAGUAGCAUAGCCCGAGGUAAAUACAGCCACAGCGAUUUUUUAGAAUACCGUAAACCUUGUAUAUAAUCCUACUCUGUUUUUUUAUUACAUGUUUACAUGUGUGUAAAAAAAACCUUGCAUAUAAUUCUACCCCGUUUUUUAUUUGCAUGUUUACAUGCGUGUAAAAAAAUCUUGUAUGUCUUGUAUCCAACCCCAUUUUUAAUAGAGUAGAGUAGCAUAAUUUUACGGCCGGCCAGGUAGGACGUCAGUCCAGUUGAGGCCGCUUGUAACUUGUAUAUAAUCCUACCCGGUUUAUUACAUGUUUACCUCCAUGAAAUGUUAUGUUACAUUAGCACUACUUCGGCGCGAAUAAAGGAGUAAAGUCUCUAUACUUGUCUAGUGUAUUUUCUCUUUCGUACGAACCACCGGAAGCAGAUAUGUAACCUCCGCUCUUUGACCCCUGAACGCAGCGCUAUGUAGCUAGUCACAUGACACUCGCCGAUUCAUGAAUAUUUAGUGUAGUAUAGAACCUGUGUGUGAUUCGCUCUCGUGUGCAGCGCACAUGGCCAAUCCUGCUGCCGCGCGGUGGGCUUCCCGUGGCGCGCGUGAUCAUUAAUCACGGGUUCCCCUCCCACACACUGGACGGCUGCGUAUGGGACGCGCUUCCAGACUAGUUGGAAGGCCGAUAUACUCCUCUGCGGGCGAAGUACCCUGGCUGCCGAAAAAACGGUUAGCGGCCUGUAAACUUGGCUGGCACCC